AUGGGUACUGAAUGGAAUAGCAAGAGAAGAGAGUGGGCAUCCCGGCAGAUGACCGCUGAGUUUGGGGAUGUGGCUUCUCCAGACUGCACUUCCCAGAAUUCCCCAGCCAGGGCCACCAGCCCCAGAAUCCUCCAGUCCAAAGAGCCACAGGGAAUUUUCCUGUAUGAUGUUCAGGUCAUUAGGAAGCUUUACCAGCUAAUCUACUUGGAGCCUCGACUGGCCUCCGCGCCACCAGGGGGCAGCAGCGCGCAGCCUCAGGAGGCCACCGGGCGCCUCUCCUAUUUUUUCCAGUCUCCCCCGCCGGAAGUGGCCUUCGCUCGGGCCGCCCCGGAAGGAGGAAGUCCUGGGCAGGAAGAUUUGGAAACUCUCAUCGCGGAAUUCCAGAGUCUGGAUGCGAAAAAGACCCAAGUGGUGGAGACCCCGUGCCCGCCUCCCUCGCCCAGGCUCAACGCUUCCCUCUCUGCGCAUCCUGAGAAAGACGAACUAAUUCUCUUUGGAGGUGAAUAUUUCAAUGGCCAAAAAACGUUCCUGUACAACGACCUCUUUGUUUACAACAUUCGGAAGAACAGUUGGACACAAAUCGACAUUCCAAACCCGCCUCCCCGGCGCUGUGCUCAUCAGGCUGUCUCCCUGGCCCAGGGUGGAGGGCAGCUUUGGAUCUUUGGCGGGGAGUUUGCAUCACCCGACGGGGAGCAGUUUUAUCACUACAGAGACCUGUGGGUUUUACACCUGGCCAGCCGGACCUGGGAGCAGAUCAGGGCCUCCGGUGCUCCCUCGGGCCGGAGCGGGCAUCGCAUGGUGGCCUGCAAGAGGCAGCUCAUCAUCUUUGGUGGAUUCCAUGAAAGUGCCAGAGAUUAUGUCUACUACAGUGACGUUUAUGCCUUCAGUCUGGACACAUUUGCCUGGACCAAGCUGACUCCCUCCGGGAUGGGCCCCGCUCCACGAUCUGGUUGCCACUUGGCUACCACCCCAGAAGGCAACAUUGUUGUCUACGGAGGAUACUCUAAGCAGCGAGUUAAGAAGGAUGUUGACAAAGGCACCCUCCACACCGACAUGUUCCUGCUCCAGGCCCCAAGCACAGGCAAGUGGACGUGGUCUCGCAUCAACCCUUCUGGUGUGAAGCCCAGCCCCAGGUCCGGCUUCUCCGUCACGCUGGGGCCCAGCGGCCGGUCCGUCCUGUUUGGUGGGGUACACGACGAGGAGGAGGAGGAGUGCCUCGAAGGAGACUUCUACAACGACCUUUACUUCUACGAUCUGGCCAAAAGCCGUUGGUUUCCCGGCCUAUUAAAGGGCCCAAAGUCUGAGAGGAAGAGGAGGAGGCGAGGCCCCGCAGCCGAGGACCCCCACACUGAGUGGGGAGCAGCAGAGCAGGCUCCCCCCCAGAGUCCUGCGGAGAUUGUAAAGGAGGUGGUGGCCGAGGACGGGACCAUCACGGUCGUGAAGCAGCUGGUCUCGGCCCCUGAGGUGGGGCCUCAGGCAAAGUCCGGCUCGGAGGACGAAGAGGACGGGACGGGGGGGGAGGAGCCUCCUGGGCCGCCGGUGGAGCCCUCCCCACGCUCGAACGCCAUGCUGGCCACAAAGCACGGGGUGCUGUACCUCUACGGGGGCAUGUUUGAAGUGGGCGACCGCCAGUUCACCCUCAACGACCUCUAUGCCCUCGACCUCCACAAGAUGGACGGCUGGAAGGUUCUUGUGGAAAUGGAUCCGAAAACACAGGAAUGGCUGGAAGAAUCGGAGUCUGAGGAAGAGGGAGCCGUGGAAGGGGCUGAAGGGGGAGAGGAGGAAGAGGAGGAGGAGGAGGAGGAGGAGGAAGAAGACGACGAAGAGGCCUCAGACAACGAGGAGAGUGAAGAGAAAGAGGAAGAAGGCCACCCUGCCGUGCAGCCGGAGGAGAAGUACCCGGACUACCUCUCCCGGACAGAGCAAUACUGGGUGAAGCUGGCCCGCCAGAACCUGGGCCCAGGGGCCAAGGAGAAGACGGCAGUGAAAGUGGGACACGCCAUGGCGAAGGCCUUCCACGCAGAGCUGGCCUAGCCGGGACUCUUCCUGCCAUGAGAAGCAUGCGGUGGGCGGAGCGAUUGUGACGGGAGGGUGGGCACGCCGAGGACUGGAGACUUUCCCUUCCUGUUUGGGCCUCGCAAAGACCAGGGGAUGGCCCAGGGCCUGACCUGCCAGAGAGUAGUCCUGGCUGAAGCACAGCCUUGGCCAAGAGGGGCAAGUGGUGCGAAGGGUAUUCCACGGGGCGGG